AUGUCAGCGGGAACAGCGCCGUCUACGAGAACCAAGGACGGGGUACCCUUGCGGGAUGGAGAUCCAGCUACGUACACGGAGUUCGCGGAGGCAGCGAGACUGUAUGAGCAGUCAGUGGCCCCGCACAAGCGUGCACAAGCUGGGCCAAGGAUAGCGGCAGAGCUCACCGGGGCAGCCAAAAGGUAUGUCACCGGGCAACCCGCCGACUGGUUGUCCUACUACGGUGGUGUGGAGAAGUUGUUAGAACAUCUACGCCAAGGCCUAGGACAGCCCAGGAUUGUGGAAGUGACUGAGCAUCUGAACCGCUACUUCAAGGCCAGCAGCCGCCGGAAGACCGGAGAGUCGAUUAACGAGUACCUGGCCCGGAAGAACGAGAUUUAUCUUCGUGCUCAACAAGCUCUUCAACGAGUGCUACCACAUCAGACGGGAAACAAGGCCCGCGCUGUACCGGAUGGUAGCUACCACUCCGGCGGGUACUCCAACUAUGGAUGGAGCCGAAGAACCUCUAUAGACUCCCAACCGGAGCCCGACGAGGACGACACUCAGAAUGCCCCCACGGACACGGCCAGCACGGCCGCUUGGCCAGAGUCGACGUGGAGCCGGGGAAGUUGGUCCUGGUAUGGUUCUUGGCAAGACCAGUGGAACCCCGAUACCUGGUCCAACUGGAGUUGGGGAACUACGAACAGCUCGGGAAAGCAGGCCGUUUUGCCGGAGCUGUUACCGGACUUCGUCCAGGGUUGGAUUUUGCUCCAUGAUGCCAGCCUGGACCAGCAAGAGCGGAACCUGAUCCAGACUGCAGCCGGAGACAACUACAGCGUUGCCUCCAUCUCGCAGGCAUUGCGGGCACAGUUUCCAGAAGGAGAUCUCCGACGUCGAGACCAAGGUCGACGUCAACAUGGACUUCUGGGAGAAUGUGUCGGCGACGAGGAUGACGAGGCCGAGGAGUACCCGGAUACCGAGUUCGGGAUGACCGCGGAGGCCACGCUCACCGAUGAAGGGUUUGCUAUGUGGACGUCAGCACAGGAAGAGAUGGAGCGAGCCAUGGCGGUGCUCCAAGGAGCACGGCGCACCUUGCGAGAUGCCAGGGCGAAGCAGCACACGGUGAAAAUGAACCGCCAGUACUACCGAGGCCACAACUCCCGACCAGGCUCCUCGAACCAAGGAGCCAGACCACGGGAUGACAGCGGUAUGACAUGCUUAGCCUGCGGGAAAGUGGGCCACAGGGCAGCGAACUGCCCAAAUCCACCCAAAGCAGCGGCCCAUCUCGCCAACCAGGAGGAAGCGCCGUUUGUCAUGUACGCCGACGUGGCCGAGACCGAGGAAGCUUGGAGCAGCUACCCCACGGUGACCACCUCGGAGGCUGUGGAUCAAGGGAAGUGCGUCAUUGAUUCAGGGGCUACAAAGAGUUUGGGCUCUACGUAUGCACUGGAGUGUUUGAUGGCUUGCAACUUGCGAGCCAAGGGCACUUCUGAUGUUCAUCGGGUGGAUCACAGUGAACGGCCCACCUUCGGCUUCGGGAACUCCAGCUCCGACCGAUGCCUGUCCACGGUGACGAUGGCCUUGACAGCUCAAGGCCACCCAGGCCAAAUGAAGAUCCACGCCUUGGACAAGGGGCAAGGCCCGGUGCUCUUGUCCAUUGACGCACUCCGACGAUUAGGAGCACAGAUCGACUUCGCCAAUGACCUGAUGGUGUUGGGCAAGCUAGACAAGCGGAAGAUCAUCAAGCUUGAGCGGUCCGCGACAGGACACCAGGUGAUGUCGUUGGCCAAGGACCUGUACGAGAACUCCAGUACGGUAGACAAGGACAUCCCGAUGCUGAGUGACUUUUUGAAAGCAGUGCGCGAGCUGCGCGAGAAGUUGGAGGCCAUGGGCGAAGAUCCGCCCAAGCGCUGGGCACGAGUCGAGCUACUCCAGCGGAUCGAGGAACUCACCGGCGAGAACACCAGCACAACGGCCAAGGACAAGAAGGAGAAGUCCGAGUACCAACAGAUGGUCCAGGGUUUGAAUCGUGCCAGUCGCCGCAAGGCGGAUUUGGUGGAGUUCUGCCAGAAGGAGCUGGGCUAUACGGCCGGGGGCAACUUGACCAUUGCCCAAAUUCAACGGGAGGCCAUGCAGCGUGUGUACGACAAAGCCAAGCCGGACCCCACAGAUGCUGUGGGUUUCGGCCGUCACGGAAGCUUGAGCUACGAGGAGAUCCGGGAGGCCCACCCCCAAUACUGCAGUUGGAGAUUGGCCGGUUGGCUGACGAACAACCCGAAGGAGAUCGACAAGUCCCGCAAGGACUACCAGAAGAAUGUCUCCGAGCACAAGGCGGUGAACCUCCAGAGCCACCCCGAGCCGCCGCCAAGUCCACGAGCAGCCGGCUAUCCAAAAGCCAGCAGCCCAGCAGCGUCUUCGUACAGUGGAGGGCGUGUGACCAUGGCCAGCACGCAGCUCCAGGAGAUCCUCGAGACCAUGAAGACCUUGCAGGAGGAGGUGUCCCACCUGAAGGAGGAGCGCCCCCGCAAGAAAGGGGCCACCGAGGACAACGAGACCACUUCGCUACAGAGCUUCACGAUGGUGACCAAACCGAGGGGCUUGGUGGCUCAUGAGCGACCAGCGCUCAUGGAAGUCGCCUGUGCCCCGGACAGCGUAUUGGCAGCUACUGUGCAAGAGAUGUGUGUGGCACAUGUCAUGAAGCGUUUGCAGCAUGAAAGGUGCUUCAGGAGGUUCGAGGGGAGAGUUGCCUUCUUGAGGGAUUUGGAGAGGGCCCAGGAACUGGAAACUUUGCAAGGGAUAAUCACGGAAGCUGAAUACGAGGAUUGUGAACAACUGAUUCAACAACUGCCGCUGGCACCGAUCGCAAAGCAUAGGAAGAUGGUGACCCAGUACUUGAACAAAGUCCUCACCAAAGCCAAUCCCGAGCUUUUGCCUAGGUCCCUAGUCAAUCAGUACAAAGUCGUACACUGCCCAAUGGCAAACAGUGCACAGGUGUCUCAGGGAGUUCGGAAGGAUCUUCAGGGAUUGGGUUUUGAGUUGUCGGGCAUUCCGGAUAAGAGGGACAGAGAUCAGGGUUUGAUGGUUGAGGGUAAGCCCGAGGCCUUGGUAGGAGAAGAGGCUCAGAAGAAGAAGGUGGAGAACCAAAUCAAGAAACAGUUGUGUUGGAACUGGCAAAGCAGUUCAAAUGUUCAGUGUGCCAAGAACGACAACAAACCCCACCCCGGAAGCAAACAACAGCCCAACGCCGCCACAUGUUUGUCAUAUUUGCGGGAGGGCUGGGUUCAGAUCUUUGGUUGGCCAGGGGCUUUGCGGUUGGAUCCGGCCGGUGCUUUUCGGAGUCAACAAGUUCAGGAGUUUUGUGAUCGGCACUCUAUCUACCUGGAUUUGAUUCCUGCGGAUGCUCAUUGGCAUAUCGGAGUGUGUGAACAAGCUGUCAAGGGAACUAAGCAGGUUAUGGAAAAGAUCUGUAGCGAUCACCCUGACAUGACUGCGGAAGAAGCCUUAUCUACUGCUAUUCACACCUUUAACAGCCGAGAACAGAUUCGGGGUUUCUCUCCCAUCCAACAUGCGUUUGGUAGAAAUCCGGAUGUCACGGGCAGAUUGAUUCAGAGAGAGGACCAGGUCCCCGACGAGGCUCUUGUGGAGAGUGCUGAUCAAGACUUUGAGCGUUCGGACCCAGGAAAGCGGGAAGAGCAGGCGGCAACCUGGAGGGAAACACGGAAGGUUUUUAGGACGCUGUUGAAGUGUUGUCCGGAACAGAUUCGGAGGGCGUCUGAACGGGAGGAGCUCUUAGAAGCUUUGGCCAAGGAUACCCCUGAAGGCGGCACCCCAUGGACUUACAACCGGGUAGUUGAAGAAAUAGGAGGGAAUCAGUAUGAAGAUGUGUCCAUGGAAAAGCCCGACACAGAGGAGUGGCAUCGGGCGCAAGAUCCCGGACGUGAAGAGGUCCCACCUCGUCUUCGGUUGCGUAGGAAGCGCCCCAACCCCAUAGGUGUUGACCCCGAGGAAAUGGACACAGCCGCCUGGUGGACUUCCGUACCCGAGAGAGCUUACGGUACCGAGAAGGCCUACUGGGCUGAACAAGAUGCAGCCAUCGAGAUUGAGGUCCCCAUGCCGGAGAGUAGGAGGCGUGCCGUGGAAGUGAGUGAGAAACGCUUGAGUGACGAAGAUCGUCGUGCUUUUGGAGAGGCAAAAGGAGUGGAGGUCCGCAAUUUCAUAGCAGCCGAAGCCUUCGAGGCAAUUCCUCCUCAUCUUCGACCACCUAAGGAGACUGCAAUCGGUAUGAGGUGGCUGCUCACCUGGAAGGUGCGUGACGACGGCACGGUGAAACCAAAAGCCCGUGCUAUACUUCUUGGCUACCAAGAUGCUAGCUACGAACACCGAGCGACCACCGCUCCCGUGAUGACUCGGUUGUCACGUCAGUUAUUCCUCCAACUGUCAGCCAACCAAUCUUGGCAAGUCCAUAAAGGAGAUGUGACCGGAGCUUUCUUGCAAGGCCGACCGUAUCCGGAUAAGCUGUUCUGCAUUCCGUGCGACGAGGUGUGUGAUGCUAUGGGCAUCGAGAGAGGAAGCAUCACCAAGUUGCGCAAAGCUUGCUAUGGCUUAGUGGAUGCACCACUGGAGUGGUAUAGGACCAUUGCAGAGUACUUCGCCUCAAUAGGAGUCCUGCGUGGUUGCAUAUCAGGUCAUGUAGAUGAUUUUCUAUUUGGAGGCUCCAAGCAAGAUCAAGGCUGGCAAGACAUCCUCCAACAGAUCAAAGAGAAGUUCAAGUGGGGCGACUGGGAGAGCGAUCGUUUCGUGCAGUGUGGGGUGCAAAUCGAGCAAUGCGAAGAAGGGUUUAAGCUUUCUCAAGCCAAGUAUGUCGACACCAUCCGAGAGAUUCCCCUCAGCUCGCAGAGGAGACGAGACAAGCAUCAAACGACCACGGAUCGCGAGAAGUCCCAGUUGAGAGCGCUCUUAGGAGCCAUCAGCUGGCAUGCUCAACAGGUAUCUCCGCAUUUCUCAGCCCCAGUCAGCUUGUUGUUGUCCGAAGUGGCUCAAAGCACAGUUUCCACGAUCAUGGAUGCUAACCAACUACUGAAUAUGGUCAGGGCUCAGAAGAACCAUGAGCUGAUUGUGCACAAGUUUCAUCCUGCUGAAGAGUUGUGUAUGCUUGCUUGGGUUGACGCCUCUAGCCAGAACAGGUCUGAUGGAGGGAGCACGCAAGGGAUUCUGGUUGGGAUAGGUUCCAGGGCUAUGCUUCAAGGCGAGGUCGGAAAAGUUACUGUUGUGGCUUGGCACUCGAACAAGAUAGGACGCGCCUGCCGAAGCCCAGGAGCUGCUGAAUCCCAAGCAGCUGUGGAUGGAGAAGACAUUCUCUAUCUAACCAGAUUUCAAUGGGGAGAAAUGCUCCAUGGUCAGGUGGAUGUUAGAAAGCCUGAUGACACUGUAGGCUUGGUGACGGGAGUCAUUGUCACUGAUUCUAGGAAUGUGUAUGACAAGCUUGCUACAGAAGUUGUCACUCUGAAAGGGGCAGAGAAGCGAGCCAACAUCGAACUGUUGGCCCUGAAGGACUCACAGAACCGCACAGGUUUGCAUAUCCGCUGGGUACACUCAGAGGCUCAAUUAGCCAAUAGCCUCACCAAACAAGGAGCCAGCCAUGAACUGUCUCUCUUCUACAAGAUGGGCUACCAGUGGCGCAUCGUGGAGGACGAGGAGAUGCGCUCAGCUCGUCGACGGAAAGCAGAGGGACUGGAUCCACUGGCGAAUAGUCGAGAACAGCUUACUGAGUCAAAUGUUUCAAAGGAGAUUUCCUGA